GCCGCAGUUGGGCUCUGCCCUUGGCUCCCUGCGCCGUCGCAAGGCGGGGCCUCCGCCCGUGCAGGUCCCCGGGCCGGUAACGCGUCCCCGGGUCCUCCCUGCUCCCGGGAACGGGCAGCGCCCGGCUCUUGUCCUAGGGUCACUUCUAGCCAUCGGGCUCCCACCACCAUCUUCCAGGCCUUGAGGUUUCUGAUAACAGGACAAAAAUUUGCAAUUAUUUGAAUUGAAGCCAGCUCCAUAAAACUGUCCUCACAAUACACAAAGAAUACAAACUAUGAAGGUCUUCUGUGGAAGGGCCAAUCCAACCACAGGUUCUGUGGAAUGGUUAGCGGAAGAUGAGAACUAUGACUACCAUCAGGAGAUUGCAAGAUCAUGCUAUGCAGACAUGCUGCAUGACAAAGACAGAAAUCUGAAGUAUUACCAGGGCAUCCGUGCUGCAGUGAGCCGGGUGAAAGAAAGGGGUGAGAAAGCAAUUGUUCUAGACAUUGGGACUGGCACCGGACUCCUGUCCAUGAUGGCAGUUACAGCAGGUGCAGACUUCUGCUAUGCCAUUGAGGUCUUCACGCCUAUGGCUAUUGCUGCAGUGAAGAUAGUGGAGAAAAAUGGCUUUAGUGACAAGAUCAAGGUAAUCAACAAGCACUCUACUGAAGUCACAGUUGGGCCAGAUGGAGACAUGCAGUGUCGUGCAAACAUCCUGAUAACAGAACUAUUUGAUACAGAGCUGAUAGGAGAAGGGGCUUUGCCAUCCUAUGAACAUGCCCACAAAUAUCUUGUACAGGAAGGAUGUGAGGCAGUGCCACACAGGGCAAGAGUAUAUGCCCAGUUAGUGGAAUCCAAAAGAAUGUGGUCCUGGAACAAGCUAUUUCCUGUUCACGUCCAAGGAGAAGAUGAUGAGAAAAUUAUUGUCUUCCCUUCAGAAAUAGAGAACUGUCCUGGUGUUCCUUCGGUCUAUGACAUCCAGCUAAACCAGGUGCCUUGGAGUGACUUCACUGUCCUCAGCGAUGUUGUGACUAUGUUCAGUGUGGAUUUCAGUAAGCAAGUAAACAGCUCCUCAACCUAUUACACAGCGAAGUUGGAGCCCAUAAAAUCCGGCAUGGCACAAGUGAUCCUCUCCUGGUGGGAUGUUGACAUGGACCCCUCUGGGAUGAUAAAAUGUACUAUGGCACCAUACUGGGUACAACCCACCUCUAAUGAUGUCCAGUGGAGAGAUCAUUGGAUGCAGUGUGUAUAUUUUCUUCCAAAUGAGGAGCCAGUUCUUCAGGGUGAGAAUGUGUACCUGACUGCAUACCGUGAUGAAUAUUCCGUGUGGUAUAAGCUCCAGAAGGCCAGAAAUGAAGAGGACAAAAAAGAUGCCUAUGUUGGGAGUCCUCUUUGUAGCUGUCAGGCUCAUCUGCUUUGGAACAGGCCACGCUUUGGAGAGCUGAAUGAUCAGAAUCGAACAAACCAGUACAUCCAGGCUCUGAUGACAGUGCUGGAAAAAGACAGUAUUUGCCUCUGCAUCAGUGAUGGCAGCCUGCUUCCUCUGCUGGCUCAGUAUCUUGGAGCAGAGCAGGUGUUUACAGUAGAGAACUCUGCAGUAUCCCAUUGUCUCAUGGAGAAAAUAUUUAAAGCCAACCAUGUAGGAGAUAAAAUUAAAAUAAUAGAGAAACGUCCUGAAUUACUGACUGCUUCUGAUUUGGAAGAUAAAAAGGUCUCAGUCCUCAUUGGAGAACCGUUUUUCACUACAAGCCUGUUACCAUGGCACAACCUAUACUUUCUGUAUGCUAGGACAGCGGUGGCAGCCCACCUCACAAAUGGUGUCACUGUCCUGCCACAGUCUGCUUCCCUUUACAUGAUGGUCGUGGAGUUCAAGGACUUGUGGCGAAUUCGAAGCCCAUGUGGUACCUGUGAAGGGUUUGAUGUUCACAUUAUGGAUGACAUGAUUAAGAAUUCUCUGAAUUUUAGGGAGUCCAAAGAGGCAGAGCCUCACCCAUUGUGGGAAUACCCUUGCAAAUCACUGUCUGACCCCCAAGAGGUUAUGACAUUUGACUUCAGACUGACUGUACCACAACAAACUCUCAGCACAGAUGGCUCUGUAAAUCUGUUAAGGACUGGGAAGAGCCAUGGAGCAGUUCUGUGGAUGGAAUAUCAUCUGACUGCUGAUAUCUCAGUGAGCACAGGACUUGUGCAGAUUUCAGAUGAAAAGGGCAGUUGCAAAUGGAAUCCCCACUGCAAGCAAGCUGUCUAUUUCUUCAGUUCUGCACUUGAACCAGAAACUCUGACAGACCUCCCUAGUGCUAUCAUUUACGCUAUAAAUUUUAACCCAAAGACAGGCGAGAUUGCCAUGAGUUUUAAACCAUUAUCAUAA